ACCAAGGUGAACAGUUAAUAUAUUUUUUUUAGAUGUAAUCAGUAAAUAUAUAUUCACUUCAGUAAGCAAUUGAAUAAAAGACUUGAAGAUAAUUGUGAAAAGGCAAAAACGUGGAGAAUACUGAAAUGAAGAUGAAGUUUAAAACGAUCAUUCUACUAUUAAUGUUAUGCCACAGUCAAGAAGUAUUCGGAUACAGACCACCCCAAUUCUACCGGAUGAAAGGUCGAGAUGAACGGGAUGAAAUAGAACACAGACGUUAUUCACACAAUCAAGAAGAACGUUAUCACGUGAAUCCGGCACGAUAUCAUAGGUACAACUACAGAGAACGUAACAGGAAUGUUGAAAGGGAAGAAUGUGACUGUGAGCUAAAAUUGAAAUCCAUUUUAAUGGAAGAAACAAAAAGAGAGUUGCAGCGCCGACAAAUUCAACAAUGUGAACUUGACAUUGAAAACUGUCCAUAUUCAGCGGAAGAACUUGUUGAAAAAAUUCUCGAACAAGAAGACGACGAAUGGAAAAAAGAUUUGACAAAUGAGCAAUAUCUGCCAAACGUGGACGAAAGUAUUGGAAGCAGUCACUUAGCAGAAUCCGCACUAGAUUCGAUGUCACGACUUUCUCGUGGUUCCCGAGAAAGGUUGCAAGUCUUCAACAGACAGGACCGCAAUCCAGAAUUUCAAAACGUUGUAGGCCGUAUUGCGUUCGAUACAAAUCAUCAAGAAGAUAUGAGAUUGAUUGUAGAGAUCGUCUAACUCUAAAAGAUACCAGCGUACGAUAUUUUUAUCAAAGAAAGCACAAGAUGGUCAACUGCUUCAAAUGUAGGAUCUCAUGUUCCAACGCCAAUGUUAAUAUCUAUAUUUGAAAGUCUUCCGGAGGAGGUUCCAUUUUGAUGCAAAUUAUCAUGAUCAUCUUAGUUGAAAUUUACAGCUAUUGAAUAACUUUUGCUCCAACUUGGUGUAAUAUUAUCAGCAUCAAAUAUGUGUAUAUAAAAUAUUAACGUAAUAUUUACAAAAAACAUUGUCAUCUAAUUAGGUUAUAUGUAUAUAACUCAUAAAGGGGCGCUCCAGAAGUGUGUGUAUCAAUAUGCGUGUACAACUAAUUUUGUUCGCCUACUUUAAAUCAAGUUGCGUAAAGGGACUGAAUACUAUGGACAGGGGGAUAUUCACUUGGCUAACACAGACAGUCCCCGAACUCGUAAUAAAACUAAAAUAAGAAACAUCGGAAUAAAAUCAUGUCCUAACCCUAGCCUGGUACACACACUACGGGAGUGGAGUACCCAUAAUGAAUACAUAGUAUUCUUAAUUCAAAUUUGAUCCCAAAUAGCUUUUGGGUGGAUUGCGAUUUCUUCUAAAUAUAAAAGUUCUUAGGCUUUCCGAAUUCGAAUGUUAUAUAGCAGUGAUUUUUCGUCAACGGAACACUUUUUAUAUCAUCAUUAUACCUGCGGAUCAAAUUAAAAUUUCAUUUUUUUGAAAAUAAAAGAUCAGAUUAACUGAUAAUUAUCUCGAUUUCUGUUCUGAUUUUCACAUAGAAAGGAAAAGGCGAAGAGAACAAUAGAUUAUGAAUUAAGUUGGCAGGAAUUAGGGAUGACUAACAAACAGUCAG